AUGUCAGAAAGACAGUGCGGUCGUGUAAUGUCACGACGUGGUCUUAAGAAUGGUUGCCGUUCCCGUCAUUUCUCACUAGCUGACCUAGCGGAAAUAAAGCAAAGAUACCAGGAAGAAAAUGUCUACAUGGAAAUGGAUGCGUGCGGACAGCUGACGGCUCGCGGAGGUCCGGCGCGUGCAGCACGCCUGGCUCGCCUCGCACCAGCGCCUCCGCAUGCUUCGGCGCUGCUUUGCCUCGAGCGAGGUCCACCGCCCACCUCACCCGAUGAUCUUCGCCUGUGCCUUCGUUUAACUACCGAUGCUCCCCCUCUACACGAACUGCUUCUUUGGUUCGACGAACACACACUCGCACAUCUGAAUAUGCCAUUCCUGACAUUACGCAACAUUACUGGAAAGAAGAACUACGCUUGUCACAAUUGUGAUGCAGAAUUUGAACAGCCAAACCCUUUAAAGAUACAUAUGUUUCUAUCGUGUCAAACAUUCGAGCCUGAUGCGUUCUGGAAACAUUGCAUUGCACAGCUACGUUCCUCAGUCUCGGCGACUGCGACAACUAUCCCAUUGGGGCCGUCACUAGUCUCUCCACUAUCAUCGACUCUGCGCAUCGGCACACUACCGCUGCCUGCGACAUCGGUUGCAGACCCCGCGCAGCUCGAAGCACUAGCGGCGGCUUGGGGACGCUCGCGCGAUGGUCAUGUUUGUGUUUACUGCGGAAAGCUAUACUCGCGCAAGUACGGGCUCAAGAUCCACAUCCGCACGCACACCGGUUACAAGCCACUACGGUGUCGCCACUGCUUGCGCGCCUUCGGCGACCCCAGCAACCUCAACAAACAUGUGCGCCUGCACGCCGCGGCGGACACGAAUAGGACGGGGGACACGGGUGCGUUGACGCACGCGUGCGGGCUGUGUCACAAGCCGUUGGCACGACGGCGCGACUUAUUGCGACACCUGCGCUCGCACCACCCGCAACACCUCUCUUCAUUACCUUUGACCGGCGAAACCGAAUACGCAGAGAUACACUAA